AGGGGUUGCAUGUCUGUGGAGUUUACAGCUGCUCCAUUGUUGUUUAUUGGAGCAUUAUGGUUUCUGGGAUUUGGCCUGUGCCUUUUUAUCACACGUCUCCAACAUUGUUGUUUCCAACGUCUGCAUCAUGGCUUUUCUCAACUAUUCUUUGCGCUUGCUCUUAUCAUCCUUAUUCUUUUUGCCAUUGCUGCAAUCACUGGGUGCAUUGUUCUAUUCAUUGGGCAAGGAAAAUUCCAUAGGAGCUCGGCAAGUACAUUAGAUUUUGUUGUUGAACAGGCAAAUAUAACAGUUGAAGAGCUAAGGAAUGUAUCAAAAUAUCUAACUGCUGCUAAGGAGAUUCAAGUGGACCAAAUUUUCUUACCUCCAAACAUCCAGGAUAACAUCAAGAAGGUUACUAGUAAGAUAACCGCUGCUGCUAACACUCUUGAUAGAGAGACUGAGAAAAAUAAAGAUAAAAUAAAACAUAUUUUAGAUUUGGUAAGGAUAGCUUUAAUCAUCAUUGCUGCUGUAAUGCUUCUCUUGGCACUUCUUGGUGUCUUAUUUUCAGUUCUUGGCAUGCAAUUGCUAACAUAUACGGUGGUGCUCAUUGGGUGGAUCCUUAUCACAAUUACAUUUGUUAUAUGUGGCUUAUUUGUCAUACUCCAUAGUGUGAUAGGAGAUACUUGUGUUGCAAUGGACGAAUGGGUGCAGAAUCCAACAGCUCAUACAGCCUUGGAUGAUAUUAUCCCCUGUGUAGAUAGGGCAACAGCAGAAGACACCUUGAACCAUAGCAAAGACGUUACUAUCCAGUUGGUUGGUGUUGUUAACACAUUCAUCACAAACAUAUCCAACAGGAACUUUCCACCAAAUGCUGGCUCUCUUUACUAUAACCAAUCUGGCCCUUUGGUGCCUGUCCUUUGCAAUCCAUAUAAUUCUGGCAGGACUGACCACAACUGCACUAGUGGUGAAGUGAAAUUUGACAAUGCAGCAGAGGAAUGGAGGAGAUACAUUUGCAAAGUUUCAGAAAGGGGUAUCUGCAGCACAGUAGGCAGAUUGACCCCUGCCCAUUAUGUCCAAAUGAUGUCUGCUGUAAAUCUGAGCUAUGCAUUGUAUCAUUAUGGCCCAUUCCUCGUCAAACUUGGAGACUGUGCCUUUGUUCGAGACAUCUUUACAGCCAUCAUUAAGUAUCAUUGCCCAGGUCUGAGGUGCUAUAGUAAAUACAUCUAUAUUGCGUUAGCAUUGGUUUCAAAUGCAGUCAUGGUUUCAGUGAUCUUCUGGUUGUUCUACAAACGAGAGAAGACAGCACUGGGAGUACACCAGACACCAUACACCUAUAUCUUCUCAGGAUCCUUCUGCUGAGAAAAGCAGAUAAUGAACUUCUAGGUAAGGUGAAAUUCUUUGUAUCGACUAUCUUGUUCCAGAUAUAACAUUUUGGGUAGGAUCCUCUGGCUUUUUGCAUAUAUUGCACAUAGAUAUAUGGUUAGGAGUUAGGAUGAUGAGGGUGUUCUGCUGUCACCUGUAUAUGUUUAUCAUUUCAUCUGUUUAGUCCAGUGAAUUUGAAUGCAAAUUCAGAUAUGUAUUCAUAUAGUAUCUAUGUUGGCUGCCAUGCCAUGCCAUUCCAUGCC